GACUCAUUUCCACAAGAACAGCGACAAGAACAACAACUUCUUCAUAGUUAACAUUCCAGGACCCAUCCCAGAUGUGGAUGAGUUCCGCUGAAAUUCAGCGCAGCUGCUUAGGUCGAGCAGACCGUGAAGUCAAACAGCCUGCGGCGUAAGAGCACCUGAUGCACGUCAGCUUGUGACGCCCUGAAAGCACCCAAUCCACAGCACGCCAGCGCCUGCGUUUCAAACUGGGAGACUGAGGACACGUGACAGCGGCGCAGGUGGACUGCGGCUGCGCAUGGCGGCCGAGCCCAGGACAAACUUUCGCCAAAUUUUUUUUAUUUUUGUAUUUUUAAAAAAAUAUGUCCUGGAAGGUUGACAAAACAGCAUCUUUACUUUGCGCGGUGUAAGCCUACGGUGUUGUGUUUAAGUAGAACAGGUUUUAACUUUACUGCAACUCUCAGCCGCAGAGAGUUUAACGCACAAACGCAGGCAGCACCUGUACCUGUGCACAGCGUCAUCCCUGUACUCGUCGCGUCGGAUUGCUCAUCUUAAUAAUCAUGUGAAAACUGGAUUUUCACGUUUCGCACGUCGCUAUUGUCAGAGGAAACUGCUGGGUUGGGUUUUGUGCAACAAAGAAAACAAGUAAAACCAAAAGUGACUUCAGUGUUUGCCGAUCUGAGGAAAUUUAACGUCCCGAAAUAUUGGCUUCGCCGCUGCUUACAACGAUUCAGAGCGACCAGGGGCGCCGCUGCGACAGACCUAUUGCUCCGGGACAGUUUUGCUCGACCAGACGGAACUACGGACCCACAGGCCGAGUCGAGCGGGACCGGGUUUACCGGGCUGCGCCGGUGCGGGAUGGCCAGCGGGUGGCGUGGAGCCCUGGUCGCGGGACGCUGCCUGUGGGUGACGCUUCUGGGGCUGGGGGCGCUCGCUCCCUGUGUGUGGGCGGAGUUUGUGGAGCCCCCUCCCUCCUACUCUCUGCGCUCCAUGGCGGAGUCCCCCACUCGGCUGCCUUGUCGGUUUCGGGUUCAGGAGGAGCAGCUGGUCCAGGUGAGCUGGACGAAGGAACAUCCUGAUGGCAACAAGGAGCAGAUCAUCACUGCACACCGCACUGAGGGGCACACAGAGUUCGGGCGGUUUUCGGGGCGGGUGCAUUUUGAGAGCAGUGACCCCAUGGAGAACUCAGCGCUGAUCAUCCGCAGCACAGAGGUGUCAGACGAGGGGCGGUACACCUGCCACAUCUCUACCUUCCCCUCCGGCAACUUCGACACACAGCUGUCCCUCACCGUGUGGACCAUGCCCAUCUCCUCUCUGGAGCCAGUGGAGGUGGUGGAGGGGCAGUCCUUCCGCGUGGCGGCCACCUGCCGCUCUGUGGCCCGCCCCCCGCCCCGCCUCUCCUGGGAGACCGAGCUGCCGGGCGUGGCCCAGAACCGCAGCUCCGAGGGCGGGGCUGUCUCCACCCACUUCUCCCUGCACCCCCUGCGCAGCAUGAACGGGAAGCGGCUGGACUGCCUGGUGUGGCACCCCUCCAUGGAGACGCCCCGCAGACUCUCCAACCAGCUCGUCGUGCACUAUCCUCCAGAUGCUGCAGUCAGAGGGUAUGAUGGGAACUGGUUUGUGGGUCUGGAGGGAGCGUCGCUGAGGUGUGACAGUGGAGGGAACCCCAAACCCCAGAGCUUCACCUGGACCAGAAGGGAUGGGGCCCUGCCUGAAGGCGUGGCUGAGGAGGGCGGAGUUUUGCUGUUUAGGCGUCCCCUCAGCUUGAUGGACGCGGGCGUGUACGAAUGUGUUGCCAAGAACAGUGUGGGAGUGGGGAAGGCCGCCGUGGAGAUCACUGUGUCAGACACCCCGCCACAUGUCCCCUUCACCAGCCUGAUGAUCAUCUUUGGUGCGGUUGCCGGGGCGCUGGUGGUUGUCAUGGUGAUCUCCAUUGUAAUAGUACACUGCUACCAUCAGCGCAGGAACAGAAAGCUGGAGAUGGAGCUCAGUGUGAAGGCGGAAGAAAUGAGCACUCUAUCCAGGCAGGCCUCUAUCAGGAGAAUGAACUCCAUCAACACUGACCCCCGCAUACAGAUGGAGGAGAAUCUUCCUCUCAGGCUUGAGAGCUCUAUGCGGACCAGUCUGUCUUCCCUCAGGGGCCCCCAGGGGAAAAGAGGCUCCACCCUCUCCAUGGCCAGGGCGGGGCAGGACAUCCAGGAGCGGGCUGGACCACUCUACAGCUCCUACCGGUGCCGAGACCGAGGGAUGGAGAGAGAGAUGGAGAGAGAGGGGGAGAGAGCAGAGAGCAGACAGAGUGUGGAGAUGUACAUGAGGAACAGUAACAUCAUGCAGAACCCUGGGCUCCCCCCGGUGUGGGACACUGCGGGGGCGGGACCGGGCGAGAGGGGGAGGGAGGAUCAGGACGAAGGCGACGAGGCCGACAGCUCUUACAUUUCUGAAGCCCUUUCCAACCACUUCUACCCCAGCAACGGCGUUCUGCGGCCCAAACCUCACUCCAACGCCAUCCUAAUCCACCCCAGGGGACAGAUAGUGUAGAGGACAACGAAGCCCCAUCUCCACCCUAAACACAACAGACAAUCCCCAUCCUCCACAGCCAAAACCCAACAGCCAAUCAUUAUCCUUCCCCCUAAUCCCAGUACUCUCCUCCUCUGUCGUUGGAGUGAGAUUACGAACAGACCUUCCUUUCCUAUAGCGGCCUGCGUAAGCGCUUUCCGGGCAGCUUGAGCAUCACACGCAGAAUCCCAGGAGGUGCAGAGGUCGCUGUCCAAUCAUGGCCCAGCAGCAGCUUCUCAUCUGGACUGCAUUCAAUCUGCAGAACACGGCAUAGCGGGCAUCAUGGGAGAUGAGAUUUUUCAGUGUGUCUGUGGAGCUCUGGACUCCACCUCCCAUCAGCCAUUUUGCCAAACAUGUGACUCUUUGCCAGGUGCGUUCCCUGCCCAGCGGCUGCGGUGUGCGUGUCUGAGAAUGACCCUGGCGCCACGGCAACAGCCCUCGCACUGCAGAAAAAGGAAGCAAAGUAUAGUAAAGAUGGAUGUUUGCAUGUGAACAGUGAAUAUUCUUAUCAAAAGUCAAAAGUGCAGCUUAUGACAUACAAUUUAAACUGGUUAUUAAAUCUUAAGAUAUAGUUCACACAGAAAAACAUCUGAUGUCUCAGCAAAUGUGGGUGGUUUUCAGGAGUAAAACCCAGACCACUGUAGCAGCUUUGGGUUCAGUCCUCUUAUGAUGUUUAUAAAAGUAAAUAUCUGUACUGUGUGCGGUAUUACAAUAGGCAGUUAUUUUGUGAUGUUUACUUGCAUUAUUUGUGAUAUAACAAUU